ACCUCAUCUCGGUCGCUCAGCAGUCGUAGAACAGAGUGUGCGGCCUCAAUAGUCGUGGAUAAUAUUCGUCAGUGCCGUUUUGCGUGUUAAUCAGGACAAAGCAAGGAUAUGGCGGGCAAAGGCAAGGGCCGCGGCACCGGCUUCGAGAAGGUCAUCAGCGGCACCAAGUACACCCUUUUCUGCUUCACCAUCAUCUCCUUUGCCUUGGGUAUUGCGAUCAUCGCUCUGUCGCUAUGGAUGCUGCUGGACAACGAUUUCCAGGAGUGGGUUAGCAUGCUCGAGAUCCCGCAGUUCUUCGCCGGGAUCUACGUGCUGCUGAUAUGCGGGAUUGUCGUGAUGCUCGUCUGCAUUUUGGGCUGCCUCGGCGCACUCAUGGAGCAGUCGGGAAAACUCAAAUUAUUCGCAGGUCUGCAGGUUUUGUGUUUCAUCCUAGCCGUGGUUGGCUCGGGUACGCUGAUGGCGUUCAGCACCAAGGGCUCCGAGUUGCAGCCGCUUAUGAGACUCACCCUUCGGAACCUCAUAAUGGACUCCUUCAACCAUAAGUCCGUCGAGAAACUCCGCAUUAUCCAGGAAACGAUCGGAUGCUGCGGCGCUGACGGGGCACAGGACUACAUCUCGCUGAAGAAGCCGCUGCCAGCAGAGUGUCGCGACACCGUGACCGGAAAUGCCUAUUUCUACGGAUGCGUCGAGGAGUUCACCUUUUUCAUCGAGGAGAAGGCCGCCUGGCUCGCUGGUAUCUCCAUGUUCCUUGCCCUCUUCAAGGCGGUGAAUUUUGUGAUGACGCUGAUUCUGGUGAAGGCAAUCGCCCGGGAGAAAGAAGAGCUCACCGGCUACAAGGAGUAAAAACGCCAUUUUCGUCCUAUCCGGGCGUGAAAUUUACUGCCUGACACUCUUUCCUUUUCCCUCAUCACACACAGUAUAUUUUCAGAGCGCGUGUCAUUUUCUCAUGCAAAUUCGCCUGUUGUUCUUGUAUUAUCUUGUGAAUAGCAAACAACAGACCUUUUUCCCGGAGCGUUUCUUGUUAUUUUUAAUAAAUUUAAAAGAAUUUUAACCUUUUCAUGUUAACAUUUUUGAUAAAUAUUAUAUAUUAAUUGUUUAAUACGCUCCACUUUUUAUACCUUAACUUAGUCGUGUGCGUUAUUAAGCUGCUUCUUCUGAUACAUAAUACCUGCUGGAUUAUUUAAGAGUUUGUAUUAAUAAUUAAAAACGGUAGUAAAACC